UUUACCCAACAUUUUGUAUUUGAAUAUUUGUUAAAACCGUAUCUGUGUAUUUCUAGGAUUUAAUUAUUAUCCAUUAUCUGUUAUUCCUUUCACUCCUACACGAUUGUUUAUAUGCUACCCCUUCGUAUUAUCACACAUCCCCAUCCUGUGUACUCUGUCAUAACGGCGCUACGGAGGGUUUCCCCUUGACACUCUUGCUCCAGAUGUCUCUCCCCAUCAGCUCUCACACUCCUUUCUUGUCUGGUGCUGUUGGAGGAAAGAGUAAGCUGCGUUUCAGUCCUUGAGAAGUGCAGCGUCGUGUCACUUUCGGCGGUGACCGUGAAGCGUUACUUGCGUGAACUUCGAGAGGAUUGCCUAGCCAGUGUGUGUGCUGCAUCUGGCCACCCUAGUCACUGAUAUCCGUGUUGUGCGUUAUCUAAGAAUAUUGUAUUGAUGGGUUACUCUCCGAAUUGUGUUUGCGGACAGUAACUAUUUAUAAGUUAUCUACAUACGUGUGUCGUUUUCAAGUGUGAUUUGUGAAGUAUCUCUUGUUCCACCAUCUGGACCUCAGUUUGGAAGCUUUUUUGUGGUGCAGAAACUUGCAUACGUGUGUAGGUUUGAAAGUGCUACCUUGGUGUUACUGUAAGGCCUUUUGUCACUUCUUCGUGCCUGAGUUUGGACGAAGCAGCGACAAUGAGCCGAGAAGAAUUGUCUCGGCCUAGAUCGGCCAGCAGCGGCAGUGAGGUUAAGAAACACCAGGCACUGACCGCCACUCAAUCCGAUCCUCUCGAUACCAGUUCUUACUUCAUGAUUGAGGGACCAAGCUGCUCGCGGGGAAGAAGGAUGGACCGGCUCAGACGAAGCUUCCGUGAGAGUUUCCGGAAGAAGAAGGACCAUCACGUGACGGAGGCUUCCAAACCCCACCAAUGGCAGACAGACGAGGCCUCAGUCAGGGCGGGCACGUGUUCCUUCCCGGUCAAGUACUUGGGCUGUGUGGAGGUGUUCGAGUCCCGGGGGAUGCAGGUGUGUGAGGAGGCCUUGAAGGUGCUCAGGAACUCCCGCCGGCGGCCCGUGCGGGGAAUGCUGUAUGUGUCUGGUGAUGGACUGCGAGUUGUGGAUGAUGAGACCAAAGGUCUGCUUGUGGACCAGACUAUAGAGAAGGUGUCAUUCUGUGCUCCGGAUCGCAACCAUGAAAAGGGAUUCUCAUACAUCUGUCGCGAUGGCACAACUCGCCGGUGGAUGUGUCAUGGAUUCUUUGCUGUCAAGGAGUCGGGUGAGAGGCUGAGUCAUGCUGUUGGGUGUGCCUUUGCCGCCUGUCUGGAGCGCAAGCAGAAAAGGGACAAGGAAUGUGGGGUUACCAUGUCCUUUGACCCAGCCACCUCCACCUUCACCCGCAGUGGCUCCUUCAGACAGAUGACAGUCACUGAGCGACUGUCAGACCCUCAGGAGUGGAAGCCAAUUGACCCAGUGCCCGUCAAGAAAGUGGACAACCCCCAUGCCAUUGCCCGGCCCCAUGCCACGCCCCUGAUGCUGCAGCGGCAGGGGUCCUUUAGGGUGUUCCAGCACCUCAACCAGUCACCUUUCAAGAGGCAGCUGUCCCUGAGGCUAAAUGACCUUCCCUCAAACUUGGAGAGAACACGCUCCAUGUCUCUUGACAACAACGCUGCAAAUAACACCAACGACAUCAUUGCCACCACCAACAAUAACAACCAGCCACCUCCAGAGAGUCCCCAGCCCCCACCACGCACUCACAGGAAUAGACUCCACUCGCUACCAAAUGCAGUUAACAUGACUCCCAUCCCCGAGAGUUCCCCUGUGGUGGAGAACAAGCAGGGUGAUGCAGUGUCAGCAAUGUGUCAGGAACUUUCAGCUGGGCUGUCUCUCCUUUCCAACUUCACUGAUCCAUUCUCAUCUCCCGAAAAUACCUCCCCGGCCCACACCACUGCCUCCACCAGCUCAGUCACCACUACCACCCUCACCAGCUACACCAACACUGGGGGCACUGUCACAGCCAACCAGCACAUCAUCCCUCCCAACUCCCAAGUAUUGCUUCCAUCAGUUGAGCCAAUUCGUGAGGAGAACCCUUGGGCCAGUGCAGAGGUGAAUGGUCAUGCCAGUGAGGGGAAGAACAAGUCCCUAGGAGAGGAGUGGCUGUCCCAGAUCAACCCACAGACCAAGGUCAUCAAUGGCACUGCUUCUCCUCCUAUUGGACUUCAGUCAGCUGCUGCCACCACCACUGCCACCACCACCACCACCGUUGUUGCUCCACCCCGCCACAACCCUCCACCUCUGGCCCAGCUGAGGUCUGUCUCCCUUGGUGUUACUCCUACAUACGCCUCAAUGGGAAGUGGCAGAAGUGUGAUGGGUGCCCCCUGGACCAACUCAAAUGGGACAGGAGGGUCUGGUGCAGUCCCUCCAACAGGCCCCGUGGGAUCUGAUCCUUUUGAGGCCGAGUGGGCGGCACUAGCAACAAGAAAUGCAAAUCCUAACAACCCUUUCCUUCCAAACACUGUCACCAAGGCUUUUGAGGUACAAAUGUAAAUGGCAGUCAGCCACCAGCAUUGUUUCUCUGAAGAUGAUUCAACACCAAGGCAUUAUUAUUAUUGUUGUUAUAGUUGUUGUUAGAUUCAAAUACCAUGAUUAUUUACCUACAAGGUUGUCUGCCCUAGGAAAGGUUCAGUCACGACAUCUUGUUACGUGCAUUGUUUUGACAAGACUUUGAGUUGCGUGAUUUGGCUCAUUGAUAGUUUUUUGCUCAUAUUUCAUGGUUGAUAAUGGGUUGCUGUGACCCAGAUGCAAGUGUAGCCAGGCACUACAAGGACAGAGGAAGUGGAAGCUGGCUGCUGUGAGACAUUCCAGUACUGUUACAACUUAAUAAGUACAGCACAGAGGCUCUUGUACUUACUGUCAUUUUAAAGGAAUUUAAUUUAUAAUGCCUGGAUUCUUUUUAACCCCAAUAAUAGUUUAGUUACUCAGUGACAAGAGUUUGGUGUAUCAUAUCUUGGGUUACACGAGAUGAUUAACUAAAUUGACAUAAGGUAAAGCCUUUUUUGUUUCCCUAGGAAAGGAAACUGUUAGGUGUAUUUAUUAUUACUUGUUGGAGUAAUUAAGAGUCUUCAUGCUUUGUGAAGUUAAAGUUGCACAGAUUGUAUAAUUGCUGAAUGUGUAAUGCAAUAGAGAUGUAUGUUGUAUUUGUAUAUACAUAUACAUAGAUUUAUAUAUAUACAUUAAAUAUAUAUAUACAUUUAUAUAUAUAUAUGUCAUACCAUAUUGGUAAUGAAAAAGUGGUUAGUUAUAAAUAAGGUGUUUUCAUGAGGGGUGAUGAUAAUGACGAGUACAUAUUUUUUUUACAAUACCCAGUAUUUUUCAGUGUCAUUGAGUGAUGAGUAUGUUUCUGUGACCCAGGGCUAGCCAGCACUCCAGAAAAAUCUGACACGGCAAUAGUUAUAUGUUCUCUGUAUUUGGUGUCGGUUUGAUGGUUUUUGUCUGAGUUCACAGAAUUAAUUUUUUUGCCUCCAUUGCCUGGCCAGCCCUGCUGUUCCUUCCUUCCCUCGCGCUCUACAUCCCAACCAGUGCAAUACAAGCUGAUGUUUAACAAUACCUCAUAGAUUAACACUCGGCCAUCAAGCACAUGAGACAAAAUAUCUGUUUGUUGCUGGAUGAUGUGAAUCUUGAUUAGCAACUCAGAACAAGGUUUGUGUCAUGAUGGCAAAUAAAAUUGCCAUACUUGUCAUUGUGUUAGACCAGCAGCAAAGUGAAAUGUUCUGCAGUCAUUUUAAGCUGUUUAAUGUUAAAAGGCCAUUGGUCCACCUCAAUAUGUAUAUUGGAAACAUGAAUAUUUUCUGUAUACACUUGUAAAUAUUCAGUCAUGUUCUUUUUAUAAAAAAAAAAAACAUUGCUUUUUAGGAGUAUGGAGGUCCUACUAAAUAAUAACUCAAUUGAUGAUAAGAUGUAUAACAAUAAUUUUACUUCUAUAUAAAGAAAGUUUUUUUCUUGUUUGAGGGAGAGAGGAUGAGCUCUUGGCAGUGUGAACUCAAAGGAGCUUAUUGUAUACUUGUUUCACAUUAGAUAAUGUCUUUUUUAGACUCAUUACAUAAACCCUUAAAAGCUAAUUACCAUAUCAUGCUGUGGGUGGGCCUCAUGGGAAUGUUGUCUGGGACUGAUGUAGGACAUACAUUGCCACUCUUUCCUUCUCUCAGUACAUUAUUUGUAACUCAUUUGUAUCUGCUGUUUCCAUCACUGUCAUUUCUCAGUGUUCAUCUGCCUGUCAUCCUUUUGCACUAUUGUGUCAUUGCACACACCCCUACGCAGAUGACUCAGGACCAGUUUCCUAACCCAUGUUAAUUUUUAUUUUAUUUUAUUUAUAAUUAUUUUUUUAGUGAUCCUUGUAGUUGUGGCCACACUGUUCCUGCACUUGUCCUUUUUUUUUUUUUUUUUUUUUUUUUUUUUUUUUUUUUUAUAAAUGUCCUGUGACUUGCACAAUGCUCAGAGAUGUAGAAAGUGCAGAUGUGUUAUUGGUAUCCUCCAUUCCCAGCACCCAGGGGAGAGAGGAAUUCUUGGUUGGAUGCAAAAUCUCUAUUAUGUCUAUUCCUACAUUCUUUCAUAGUCUGAAUUUAGAUAUUUUAUACUUUUUAUGUAUACACUGUCAUCCUACUGACUUUUCAUAUGUGAUUACAGCAAGAUCAGUCAUUGUAGAAGGUCAUGCUUUCACCACCACCACCACCACCGCCACUGCUGCCACCACCACCUGAAUGAUACAUUCCUUAUGUAGUUUCUGUGAUAAACCCUCAUGACAUGAGUUUGGAGCCAUUUCUUUCAGGGCAACAAGAUCAGGACCUACCAUUUUUGUAUUGUCGUUUUAAUAUGAAUGCCACAUAAGGAAAGACAGUUGACAACGUGCAGAGGAAUAGUGUGUGUGGCAUUCUGUACAAACAAAAAUUUAAGUUUGAUGCUUUUUUGGUGAUUUUUUUUUUUUUAUAAACAAUGAAGAAUGUAUGGAAAAAAGAAAGUAAACUGUUUAAUGAUUGCCUUUAUGGUAAAAUAAUCUGAUGUCCUUGACUUGGAAAUUGCUUGCCAUCCAUUGCCUGCACUACACAUUCACCAUACAUGCAAUAUUGGUGCUGGAAAGAGUUAAGAUUAUCUUUGAAACAUGAUAAAAGGAGUUCUUGGAUAUAACAUUUAACAUCAUCAUAAUUUAAUCUUUGCUGACUAUAACAUUAAUUUAUGGAAAAAAUGUCAAGACUUACAUCGAAACAUGAAAAAAAAAAAAAAUCACAGCAUUUGUUAUUAUCUGCUGCUGACAGUGUUUUAAAAUGUUAUUUUCUUGUUGAAGUUUAUUUUCACAAUAAAAUGUACAUACAUGAUAAUAAUGAGAUGAUGGUGGUGACAAGAAGGAGUAAUUUUUUUUUUUAAUAAUAACACUACAUGAUUGCUCUCCAAGUGUUUACAUGUACCAGUUAAGGGAGCCUCGUCCUGUCCCAAUACUGUUUGAUGUCUUGUGAAUACCAUGAGGGAUUUUAACUCUCAUACUGGAUGUGUAUAGUGACCAUGUUUCUUCUUGCACAAUAAAACGUAACCGAGCACAGUUUCCGCUAGCAGUCCUUAGGAGCGAGACAAGCAAAGGGUAGCAGUGAAUUUCCAUGUGCCUCAGAAGGGAGGGUGGGAAUUGCUUGAAGCUGUGAUUGUGAUGUGCUUGUGGUGAUGGUGGGGUCCAGUGCCCUGUCAGUUUUAUGGUGAAUUCCUAUUAAAACAAUAUGUACAGUAGAUAUUAAGGGGUAGUCAUGUCCACGAAAUAUAUAUAUUCUGUUGA